CAUCUUCGGGAGGGAGGGAGGCGUCGAGGGGAAGGGUCUCGGGAGGAAGCGGAAGCAGGAAGCGCCCCGGAAAAGGGCGGGAAAGGGUCCUCUGCGCCUCUCUCGCCUCCCAACACACUUCCCCUUCGGAAGUUGAGGUAAACUUCCGCGGAAGUGAAGGAAAGCGGAAGGAAAGAAGAAGCCGAAUUGUAUUUAUGUUCCCUUCGCGUGCAAGCAACCCAAAAGACGUAUUGAAGAAACGUGACAGCGUUCCUUGAUCAUACAUUACACUGUGUGUAAUUGCUGCUGAACGACUUGGAAACCAAAUCUGGAAGCCUAGGACCUUUUUAUUUUUCAUGUUGAGUGCUGCUCUAAAAACAUGCCCAGCAGAAUGGGAUCGAAAAUGAAUAUGAGGAAAAACUUCAUCAGAGUGAAAACUCAUUAUAACGGAGAUAUCCUUAUAACAAACCUGGGCGCGUCCAUGAGUUAUGACGAACUCUGCAACGAAGUGAGAGAGAUGUGCAAUUUGCAACAGGAUCAACCCAUUACCCUGAAGUGGAUUGACAAUGAAGGUGACCCCUGCACCAUUUCCUCUGCAAUGGAACUAGAAGAAGCGUUCCGAUUGUACGGUCAACAAAGGCACGAAGGGCUCGUCAUUCAUGUUUUCCCAAGCAUUCCGGAAAAGCCAGGCCUGCCCUGCCCGGGAGAAGACCAAUCCAUCUACCGACGUGGAGCCAGAAGAUGGAGGAAGCUUUACAGAGUGAAUGGGCAUCUGUUUCAAGCCAAACGCUUUAACAGAAGAGCAUACUGUGGCCAGUGCAGCGAAAGGAUAUGGGGUCUCGGAAGGCAAGGCUACAAGUGUAUCAACUGCAAAUUGUUGGUCCAUAAACGCUGUCACGUUCUUGUUCCACUGAACUGCAAAAGGCAUAUGGAUUCUGUGAUGCCUUCCCAGGAACCCCAGUUAGACGAUAAGAAUGACGAAGCUGACAUCCCCACAGAAGAGAACGAUGGAUUGCCUUAUAUUUCUUCAGCCCGGAAGCAUGACAACAUUAAAGAUGAUUCUGAGGAGCUCAAGCCCGUCAUUGAUGGGAUGGAUGGAAUUAAGAUCUCUCAGGGACUUGGUCUACAGGAUUUCGACCUCAUCAGAGUGAUCGGGCGCGGAAGUUAUGCCAAAGUUCUUUUAGUACGAUUGAAAAAAAACGACCAGAUUUAUGCCAUGAAAGUAGUGAAGAAAGAAUUGGUCCACGACGAUGAGGACAUUGAUUGGGUGCAAACGGAAAAACACGUGUUUGAACAGGCAUCCAGCAAUCCAUUCCUUGUUGGCUUACAUUCCUGCUUUCAGACAACAAGUCGGUUGUUUCUUGUUAUAGAAUACGUGAACGGGGGCGACCUCAUGUUUCAUAUGCAACGGCAACGGAAGCUCCCGGAAGAGCACGCAAGGUUUUAUGCUGCUGAAAUCUGCAUUGCCCUCAACUUCCUCCACGAGAGAGGGAUCAUCUACCGAGAUUUAAAACUCGACAAUGUUCUCCUGGAUGCAGAGGGACAUAUCAAGUUAACGGACUAUGGCAUGUGCAAGGAAGGAUUGGGUCCUGGUGACACUACAAGCACUUUCUGUGGAACGCCAAAUUACAUUGCCCCAGAGAUUCUACGAGGAGAAGAGUAUGGCUUCAGUGUGGACUGGUGGGCACUUGGUGUCCUGAUGUUUGAAAUGAUGGCAGGAAGAUCUCCCUUUGAUAUUAUUACUGACAAUCCCGAUUUGAAUACUGAAGAUUACCUCUUCCAAGUUAUCCUUGAAAAACCCAUCCGAAUCCCACGGUUCCUCUCCGUCAAGGCCUCUCACGUCUUGAAAGGUUUUUUAAACAAGGAUCCCAAAGAGAGGCUCGGAUGCCAACCAGACACCGGAUUUUCUGAUAUCAAGUCUCACACGUUCUUCCGCAGCAUUGACUGGGACAUGCUGGAGAAGAAGCAGGCCACCCCUCCCUUUCAGCCUCAGAUCACAGACGAUUACGGUUUGGAUAAUUUUGAUACCCAAUUCACCAGCGAACCUGUACAGCUAACCCCGGAUGAUGAAGAUGUAAUAAAAAGAAUAGACCAAUCGGAGUUUGAAGGAUUUGAGUACAUUAACCCCUUGUUUCUGUCGAGCGAGGAGACGGUAUGAGAGAAAAGGAUUGUCAACACGGAGGACGAGCGGAUGGUGACAUUGAAUUCUGACCACAGUAUAUGCAUGCAAGGCUGGAUGGGACUCUUAAGGUUUGGACUGGAGACAGACACAGGAUGCGAAAAUUGCUGCUGAAAAAUAAAAAAAACAUGUUUUUGGUGA